AUGGCCAUUGCUGAUAUUCACGACGAAAAUCGUGGGUUGGAGAGCCUCGACGGUUCAGAGUACCAAGACAAUGCACAUAAUGAGCGCCCAUCUAAAAGACGUAAAGUACCCAGCGCCACGGCAUCUCAGAAAGAAAACGGCUUUCCAUUUGCGCCUCUAUUGGAGGGCGAAGAAGACAUAGAAUCUGUCAAGCUGCGAUAUAGCUUGUUCCAAGAAUUCUGGGCCCGCCAGGAGCAACAAAUUCAGGGGAUACUCCGUGACGUAGACUCUAAGAUUUUAGGCAAUGUUUCUACGUUCCUAGAGCAUAGCUCACCCGACAACUGCGACGGGCGUAUCCCUACCGGAUUGAUUACUCUGGGUUCCAAUAUUUCAUCGAUGGGACGAUUGUUAGAUCGGCUACGCGAACAAAUACAAUCCAGAACGACUGGACAGGUGGUUACGCUGGAUUCUGGAAAUGCUUCCAACCUCAAAAAUAUUCUGAAGCAGAUCAUUCGAUCUGGUACAAAUAUGAUAAACGGUGUGGAUAAGGACCGGGACCAAGUUGGCCCAAAGCCUCUUGCUUACGACCUAAAUAUUCUGCAUGACCAUGUAAAAGAGAAAGGGGUUAGGAAAGUGGUAAUUGCUUUUCGAGACAGUGAAGCCUGGGACCAUGGAUUAUUGGGGGACCUAAUAUCAUUACUCAGUUCCUGGCUUGAUCGAAUUCCCUUCGUUCUUCUCUUCGGUAUUGCAACUUCUGUCGAGCUCUUUGAGGCCAGACUUCCGAGAUCCCUGGUGAAUCUACUCCAAGGCUGCCGAUUUGACAUUCGGGACCCUAGUGAUUCCGUAAACCGAAUCUACACGACUCUACAAACGCGUCAGAAAGAUGCUCUAUGGUUGGGUCAUAACGUGAGCAGAAUUCUUUUUGAAAAAUUCAGAGACCAUUUUCAGAGUCCGGAAGGCUUCGCGAAUGGAAUUAAGUAUGUGUAUAUGGCCCAUUUUUUCGCCAAUCCCUUAUCCAUUCUACUCUCAACAGUCGAAUCAGCAAAUGCUUUCUAUCCGGGUUUAUGUGAGGCUAUUCGAAAUAUUCCCUCCUUCCGUAGACAUAUCCAUACUUUGCUCGAUGAAGGUGCAUUGGAAAUGGUACGAAAAGUUUUAGUAGAUGACGAGUUUUUAGCACAGUAUGCCAGAUCGAACCUUCGGAGUGGCCAGGAAAGGAUCGGCUCCAUGUUGCGCUCCGUUGAAACGUUAUUAUCUGUACUACGGAUUUUGAAAGUCCCCAAAACACCUAUUCUCUCUGAGCUUAUAAUUCAAGCGCUGGGUGGGGAACUUCUGGGCUCAAAAAUCGUAGAAAAUAUGUUCAUGGAAAUGAAGAAAUCACCGUCCAAUACCAUCGAAACUCUUUUAAACACCCUUGCACAAGACGUUGGCGGAUUAGAUACGUUCACGAACCUACAAGAAAUCCUCAAAUCGUUAUUAAAAAACAAUACUGGCCCCGACCCGCUCCGCAGUGAAUACGAUAAAUUCCAUUCAACCCACAAAACCACAAUCGUGGGACAGAGAGUCAAACUCACAAAAACCAAAGCAAAACUAUCCACACUGGAGAUCAAAUAUACCACUGUUGUCGACGACUUGAGUGCUGCCUUCCAGGAUUACUUGUCAAGCAAUCUCAUAUCUCCAGUUGAUCUUUUUAUGCAUGAGGCGUUCCUCUACGACUUAAGAACUCCCAUAAAAGACGCUUUUACACCUCGACCUCGUUUCACGAUCGAGCGAGCCUUAUCUACUCCAUUCGACUACCUGGUUGCAAGCACACAUUCUACGGAUGACGAGAGCACGUCACCUUCUAAACCAGCAAUUUCCAUUCUGUAUAACCUUUAUUUGGAAACGGGGUCUCUUGUCAAUGCCUAUGACCUGUGGCGUGCGUUUUAUACAAUGGCUGGGGGUGAUGAUGGUGAGGAAUCUGAUGAGCGCGAGGCGUUGGCUCUAUUUUACCGUGCCUUAUCGGAAUUGAAAAUGAUGGGAAUGGUUAAACAUAGCAAGAAGAAGAGUGACCAUUUGGCGAAGUCAUCUUGGAAGGGUUUGUAGUUUUAACAAGGACCAGUAGAAUAUAGAUAGAUGCAUCAAAAAUAGGCGUACAUGCCUAUGGGAAACUUCCUUUAGACAAAAAUGGGAUAUAUAUAUAUAU